GGGGGGGGGGGGGAAGGUGUUGCUGACUGGCAGCGGUGCAGCCGGGUGGCCAACCCAACCCUCGCCCCUAGCCAGGAACGAAAAGGAAAAGAAAAAAGCUCUCGUCUUCGUUCGUUUCCCCUUUUCGACGCCUCAGCUCGUACUUUCGUACUUCCGCCCGAAUCAGGACGUGACGAGCUCGCCCCUCCUGCAUGCGCGCACACCUGCUGGCUGCAGGAAGAACGAGGGGUGGUCGCUUGUGUUUGCUAGUGCCAACUAGAGUAUCUAGCGUGCGUGCCCGCCCCACCGCCGAACUCUUCCAUCCAUCUUCUACCGGGUUGGGGAUGUUCUCCUUUUUUCUCCAUCAAAGGGUUUGGAGGGGAAGGGAAAAUUCUACUGCAGGUUUGGAUUUCGAACGAACGGUCGGAAUGCUGGGCGAGCCGAGAUCGUGUAUCGCACAGCAACUGCCGCAUCCUCGACAUGUGCAUGCUAUGCUUCGUGGAAGCAGUCGAUAUGCAUGAUCCAUUCUGCAUGCCGAGGAGAGGAGAGGGAGAGGGGUGCUCGGACUUUUUCCGCACUCGACAAACCAAACAUGCCUCCCCCCCUCCCCCUCUCGAGUCUCGCCCGCCCCC